AUGUUUGAGCAACUCAACUUCCCUGAAGACUGUGAGAUAGUAUCAGUAGAAGAAGGAGAAGAACAAAGCGAUGCCAUCUACAACAUUUCUGAAGGAGAAGGUAUGGAAGAAUUACAAUGUAACAUGAAUACGAUACUAAUGGAAAAUGUCUUUAUCUGCGAGAGGAAGGAAGAUCAUGGUGGAUUGGACCAAGUUCGGGGUACAGAGCACAAGUACAAGUAUCCUAAAAUCAGUUUGAAUGCAAACAUUUAUGGGAAAUUAAUGAAGAAGUCCCUGGGGAUCAAUCCACAUGCCAAUGCUGCAAAAGGAAAACACAAAGGAGGCAUAGAAGAAAUCAAGAGACUUCAAGCAGAACUGGAAACCCAGCAAGUCAGAAAUAAUGAAGAAAAACAAAUCCGGGAGCAAGCAAUACAGCUGGUUGAAGAAAAUUUAAAACUCAAGCAUGAAAUUAAGGAGUGGGAGCACAAGUACAAAAGGAUUGAAGAAGAAGUCAUGAAUCUUGACAGAAUGAUAUUUGAGAAAGAGGAUUUAAGAAAGGAAAUCCAGAAAUUAAAGGAGGACUCGGCUUACCAAAAAGGAAAGCAGAUAAAAGAUAAUGAAGAUGAGGAAGAAAUAAAUAUGCUCCUUAUUGAUAAAACUCAAAAGGUCCUCACAUUGUCAUCCCCCGAGGUAACUCCCUCAAGAAAAGCUAAGAACAUGCUGUAUAAUUUAAGACACAGGGGCGACGACGUGUUGUGUAGACCAGAAUUCAGUUCGAGCACAACACUUGAAGAAAAUCCAUUUCUUGUACAUUUUAGCGGGAUUACCUUAAAAACUACGGCAAGGAAGAAGCUGAAAGGUGGAAGAAUGAUAAUUGGGGAAAACACUUUCAGGAUCCCUUACACAUGCAUUCCCCAUGAACUUAGGGGAAAAUAUCCAAAUGAUCCUCGAUUGCAACUUCAUAAGGGCAAUGUAGGGAGGAGUCAGAAUAGAAGGAAACACGUAGCCUCAAUUGAAGAACUGGAAUUAGAAGAAGAUGAUUAUAUCAAGAUUCAGGAGCUUGUAUACUAUUUCACGGGAGAAACACAAAAGUAUUUUAAAGACAAAUUUGUAGAUAUUCUAUCAGAACUUCGAGCUCAAGGAUAUAUUGGUGAAGACCCCUUAAAACAUUUGAGUAAGAACCAGGUGGUAUGCCAAUUGGAUAUUAAAAAUUCAGAUUUUACAACUGAAGAUAGACCAUUAAAGCACCUUACUCCUCAAAUGAAAGAAUCAUUUUCUAAACAUGUCAAGGCACUGUUGGACAUCGGUGUUAUAAGGCCAAGCAAAAGUAGACACCGAACCACAGCGAUUAUUGUUAAUUCCGGAACGACUAUUGAUCCAAAAAUAGGGCAGGAAGUUAAAGGUAAAGAACGGAUGGUGUUCAACUACAGACAUCUAAAUGAUAUCACCAACAAGGAUCAAUAUAGCUUACCUGGCAUCAAUACUAUCCUUAAAAAGAAGAAUCAAAUUGCAGCCCCACAUAAUCAAGAAAAUCAUUCAGUUCAACAAGAAAGACUUAACCAUAAAAAGAGGGUUAAGAUCAUGGCUGGGAUGGAAGGAGAAAAAACUGGACCAGCUACAUAUGAUUGCAGGAGCCCUCCUAGAGCUCAGGGAAAAGCCCAACUUGAAGGCGGAAACCCACCUCCAAAAGAUGAUACUCAAGACCUUGUCCAGCUAUACAGAGUUAAAGUUGAAGAAAUCAAGGAAAGAACCAAGAUUGGACUCAGGCUUGAUAUCCUCCAUGAAGCAGAAAGGUUGCUGGGCCAAAUCCAAAAAGAAGCAGCCCAGCAGGCUAUUAAGUCACUACAACAAUACAGGGUAAUACACUCCAUCAAGCUUCAAGAGUAUAAGCAAUGA